AUUCAUUUCGCUAAAUGUAAUGAUUGUUUUACUGUUACUUUGAAUUUUAGAUGCAGCGUUUAUAUCUUACAGAACGAAAUUAAUUUUGCAACAAGAUAGCGAGAUCGUAGGCUGCGUUUAACCACAACCCAAAUACAUGUGUAGGAGACCUCCAAUGAAUUCCACCAAUAAAACAGGUGAUUUCGACCCAUCCGUCUAUCCAGAGUUAAAAAUAGCCGGCAUCAUUAAUUUCUAUUGGCCUCUCGUACUCCUUGGUGUUGGAAUUCCAGGAAAUCUCAUUGUCAUCGGCGUAAGCUGUUUGAAGCAUCAUAGAAAUAACUCUUAUAUUCACUACAUGGGAGCUCUGGCAGUAUUCGACACAAUUGGGCUCCUCGUUUCUGGUCUUUUACGCUGGCUUUUGCAAAAUAUUGAAAAUUGUAAACAAUCUAAUGAGAGCUGUAAAUGGGGAAAAUACAUCUCGAUCACUAAUUAUGGCUGCUCCGUCUACAUCAUCAUAGCGAUGACGUUUGACAGGUAUUUGGCAGUUACGUCACCGAUGAACGUAACGCGCUACUCAUCAAUAAGUCGCACAUGGAAAGCUAUCAUUGGUAUCGUUGUAGUCAUGACAGCGUUCAACAUCCCGUUCCAUGUGUACAGCAACAAGGUUACAAACAAAAUGACGGGUAUAGCGAUUUGCGAUACAUUCGCAUCAGAGGAUUUGCUCGCAAAAGUGUACCCAUGGCUAUCAAUGGCGUUGACUGCGAUCUUGCCAUGCGUGGUAUUGGUCGCAUUGAACGCAAAGAUAGUCCGCACUCUCUCCCAGGCGAGUAGGCCGGACAAACUAAAGGAUAUGGGGGACACGUUACAUAGAUUUAGGUCUUACCAGGCCCGGCAGGUAACACGUAUGCUGGUAGCCGUCUCCAUUGCCUUCAUUGUGCUCACGUCGCCGUUUUACAUCUGGGAAGUUAUGGGGACAUUCAUCUACACAGAAAAUAAUGCCUGGAGUAAAGCAAGUCGUCUCUUGGUAAACAAAACAACUGUGAUGAUUUGGCUCAGCAACAACGCUGUUAACUUUUACAUUUAUGCCUUAACUGGCCAGAAGUUUCGUAGGGAUUUGAAAUCCCUUUUCUGUAGAGGUAAUCGAGAAAAUCUACCAAGAAACAUGAAAAAUGCGUUCGGCAUGCGUAUUUGGAAAGUUCCACAAAAGGCUAUUGAUCAUGAAAUUACAUACAUGUAAAUGAAAGCAACGUACAUAUACGUAGAAUAGGCCUGCUGAAAAUCUCUGGUUUGGAUACACCGAACGCUCGGUAAAUGAAAGCAAUGUGCAUGUAUGUAGAAUAGGCCUGCUAACAUUAGAUUUCAUUAUCAUACAUGUACAAAAUAUAAAACGUUCAUAUAGAACUUACUCAUUCAUGAUAACAUCAUAGUCUGAUUGCUCAGAUGUGAAAAAUUAAUGGUUGUUAUAAUUAGACAUUAUGUCAAUGUCUAGACUAUGCCAACCUCCCUAC